AGCACCUUCAGACUUACGCAGCAUCGGCACACGCACCGGGUUUCACACACACACACACACACAAAAAAUAAAAAGGAGAAACAAGCGGUGUAACGGGUACACGAUCGGCCGCAAAAUUUUUUUUGGCUGCCACAACAGAAGAGGAAUGUCGACGCAGCCGCCACCACGCACCUCCUCCUUCUUAGCAAAACAACUGCAACAACAACAACCAAAACGGGAGAGCGUCAGUCGAAGCGCAGUCUCUUUGCGGAGCAGAGAAGUACUGCACACGCGCACCUCCCGCACGGAAAAACCGUAAACACGCUUUUUGUUUUUCUCUUACAGUCACAUCAACUGUGCGCGUGUUGCUUCCACGCGAGCGAGAGAAGUUGGUGCACGCGAGAUCUUCGAUCCCCCACAAAAACAAACUCUUUGUCCCAAGAGAAAGCAAACAAAGGAGACCCACGAGCGGCGGUAUGAACCCCUGUCCAUCAGACCAACUCCCAGUGUGCGCGUAUGACGGCCACUGCUACCGCAAAAACCCACAACACUUUCAAGCAUACUCCCACCCGCUGCAGUACCCGCAGCAGCAACUUGACACCGCUACCACAGCAGGCGCCGACGAGCCGCAGCAGAUGCCCUCCAAGCGCUGCCGCAGUGAGGAUCACUCAAGCUCCAGCGUUCAUGGCGCGGACAGGCAAGCUGCGGGAGAUCGAGCACUGUCAAUACAGGAAGCUGAUCUUGCCUCUCCUGCUCAACUGCUUCAUUUUCUCACACACGCCCCACACCUCUCUGCGCUGGUCUCGCUCGACAGCAACAACGGCAAAGACACGACAGGAUUACUGCACAUUGACGUACAGCAUUACUGGAGUGGUGUCGCCCAGGUGCUGGAGCAGGCGUAUGCUGGCAUGGGCUUUCACGCGGAGGAUGUGCAAUGCGUGCUGACCGCCGCGUGCGCGUUGAACCCUGCGAACCCUCUUGCGGCGUUCCGGGGGUGGCGGCUUACCGGACCUUUUGAGCUGGCUGUGCGGUACGGCCAACUGUGCUCCAGCAGUGCCCGCUACAAUAAAGGCGAUGCUGAUGCGAAGGCCGCUGCCGAAAAGCUUAAAGAGCUUCUUCACGGACGCAACGCGGAAGACGAGGUACGCCGUUGGCGGUGCGGGCGCUUCCGCUACGACCCACCGGAGUGUCAAACGGUUGCCAUGCAGGUCACCUCCGCGGGCACUAAAAACAAAGAGCUCACCCUUGCCCAGCUGGAUGCUGAGGGUGUGCAUAUCUGUUUCCACCGCGACGAGCCUUCCGACGCACCCGGCAUGCUGGCGGAAGGCACGGCGCGCAGGCCGAAAUUUACAAUGUUGAACGGGAAAGGGUGGCUGUCAGCUUACCUCUGUGCGUGGUAUCGCGCAGCAGGCGACGCAGAGUCGCUGGCCACCGCACACGCCUUGCAAAGCGCUCUUGACGCUUUAUCAGCUGUCACGAAGCCAAACUGUUGCGCGGGUCUUAAAACGAGCUUUGCUGAAUCCCUCAGCGCGCAGCGAACUGACGUUGCGAAGCGGCUCAAGGCGUGUGUGGCGCCCCUCUACAGCGGGCUCGGCCUUUGCGUCCCGGUGGACAAGACAACGGAGAUCGGCUAUCGCGAACCAAACAUCCCAGCUCGGGUCUCUCUUGCGAACUGCCUGCGCGACUGGGAGGCGGAUUUUGUAGCCGCUGCCGCUUCGCCUUCCACCUCUGACGACGGCACCCACGACAGCAGUGCAAGUCCAGCGACGGCGCUCGACUCCGCACCGUACAGCAGAUCCGUCAACUUUGCGCGGUUACGGGAGGCGCACCCGUUCUCCGCCAAAACGAGCGAAACUCUCGACGGCAUUUUUCUCUGCGCGGACAUCGCGAACGACGAGGCCGACUUCGGGACCUCGCUGGAGCUGGGCUUAAAUUGUCUUACAUGCGUCUUGGCCGACACGUGCGUGGUGGCAGGGAGAAAACGGUGUCAGCGUGUUUCUUUAGAAGAGAAUGAUGGUGCAAGUGUGGACGGUGCGACGCAACGUGCAUGUCACACCCGCUAUGCGGAGGAGAGCCUCAUCGAUCCGGUAGUGUGGCACACCUAUCGCCUGCUGGAUUGCGCCUACAUGCUGCUUCAGCGUCCGCUCUAUCGUCAUAUCCUCCGUUGCCAUCUGCCGCUGCUGGCGGACGCCAACUGCCCCAUUCUGCUUGACAUGCACGAGUGA